AUGUACGAAGGGAUUGACAACCUGAAAUCCCUUUACGACCGUGCCGGGAAGACUUUCUCCGGCGGUCCUUCUGCGGCACAGGAUGUGCCGCGUCGUACUGCUCGACCAGACCCAGUACGUCAACCAUCAAUUGGGAGCGGGGCUCCCAAGAAUCCCAGGACGGGGGAUAGCCGCGCCACCGGACGAGGUAACUCGUCCGACGUCCGUUCACGUCGCGGUGGUUCAACAGCUGCUCAACUAGAUAGCGCUGGCCACCGCGAGAGUCCUCUAAUGGAGGUGGAGGAGGAGGAAAGACGCUCUCCACACGAUCAUGUGGAUCGGUGUGUUCCCGAGAGCUUCUUUGAUCGCGUAACGCAAGGGUUACGCGACGAUCUCGAGCAUGAGCGGAAUAGGCGUCUCCAGAUGGUGGACACUGCCUCGAAGCAUCGAGCUGAGUUUGCCUUUGCUCAGCUUGAGAACGAGAGAGCUCUGACAUCUCUUCGUGACGAGCUAAGGGUAGCUCGUGGGAUUGUUGAUCGGUCUCGGGAUCAGAUAGCUGCUCUUCAGACCCUUGUUGAUGCCCACCAUCGGGAGCACAAGGCUCUCUGCGAGAUGCUUGAGCGCAAGGGCGUUCUUCAUCGGAAGAAGCAGCGUACUGAUGGUACGGCUUAA